AUGCCAUCACCCAAUAUACUUGAUCUUUCUCGAGGAUGGCCAGCCCCAAGCCUCCUCCCAGCAGCAGCCCUCCUGCGUGCUUCCCAGACCGUCCUCACAGAUCCAAACCUCUUCGUGCCAGCCCUGCAAUACGGCGAUGAUGCUGGCUACGAGCUCCUACGCAUCGCGAUCGCCGAGUGGUUGCAGGAGUUCUUUUCUACACCGUGGACUACCGUGGGUCGUAUAUGUAUCAGUGGUGGCGCUAGCAUGGCCUUGGCUUGCAUCCUACAGGUGUUUACAGACCCAGUGUAUACGCAGAAUGUGUUUCUAGUUACCCCGACAUACUUUUUGGCCUUUAAGGUUUUUGAAGAUAAUGGAUUUACUGGGAAACUGAAGGGUGUUCCUGAAGACGCUGAAGGGAUCGAUAUCGAGUACCUCGAGCAAUGCUUAUUGGCACAGGAUAUUGCGAGCAGAAAUGGGUUUUCUCAGCCGCCAACGGGCAUCAGCAGAACACCACAGCGCAAACUAUUUCGCAAUAUCAUAUACUGCGUACCCACCUUCUCCAAUCCAUCCACAAAGAGUAUGUCCAUACGCCGACGCCAGCAACUGGUGCAAAUCGCACGCGACCACGAUUCCCUGGUCAUCGCCGACGAUGUCUACGACCACUUGCGCUGGGCGCCUCACACGAGCUCCCGAAAUGAGAGUGCCCCUCCAGUCCUUCCACGCCUCGUAGACAUCGACCAUGAAAUGGGCGGCGGAACCCAGCGACCAGGGGCAGAUGGUUUCGGGAAUGUAGUCAGUAACGGCAGUUUCAGCAAGAUCAUCGGGCCGGGCUGCAGGACUGGCUGGACGGAGGCGACGGAUAGUUUCACGGUGGAGCUUUCGCAGUGCGGCUCGACGCUUAGUGGGGGCUCGCCGUCGCAAUUGACGGGGGUCAUAGUCUGUCAGAUGCUCAAGGAGGGGGCUUUGUUGCGGCAGCUGAAUGAGGUUAUGAUUCCAUCGCUGCAGAGGAGGCAUUGGCUUAUGAGGAUUGCUGUACAGAAAUACCUCAUACCUCAGGGUGCGAGUAUGUCGGACAGCAAUGGUGGAUACUUCAUCUGGAUUACACUCCCAACUCCCAUUUCAGCUAAAGAUUUCACCAUCCGAGCGGCAUCCGACGAGGAUGUGAUCGUUGCGCCUGGAGAUAUCUUCGAAGUCUCUUCCGACAAAGGAGGAUUUCGCUUUGACCGCGAAAUCCGCCUUUGCUUUGCUUGGGAACUGGAGGAGGCUCUCGCUGUUGGGGUCAAAAGUUUGGGUCGUGUUCUUGAAUCCAUGCUACGAGACUGCCAAGAGCUCGAAGAGCAUGCAAAAGUUACCGAUGUGGAAAUUGUAGACUUUGCCCCAGCGCACUUUUCGGGGAAUCGUAUCCGUACCACACAUCUGUAG